CUUCCAGGGCGUACUUACAUGAAACAGGCACAUAAUAAAAAGAAGAAGAAAUAGGGGACUUGGGAGGCGAGCAGCACCGGCCUAGAGGGAAUCCCGCCGGCGCUUGCCGCUAAGCCUCAGCGACCGUGGCAACCCUUCUUCAGGUUUCUUGGUACUGCCAGUUCGUACGGAGUUCGUAUUCGGUGCUCAGUCCACUUGAAUUUCUGAGGGGCCUGACACUGGUCCUCAUACACCUGAUCGUUAUGCAUGACCAUCUGUCCCCCCAUCAAUUCAAUUACCCACGGAUAAGUAGCCCCGGCACACAGUACUUAAAUUACAUCUAUAUAACCGUACAGAGGCCUCAGGGGCCUUGAGCAUUUAUAAGCUCACCGUUGAGUGCACAGAGAUCUCUUUCCUUCGACCAUCAUGUCACUGCGACAAAAAGUUGAAAGUCUCAGGCAAAAGAUCGAUGAUAUCCUCGUAGCGGGAGGCGAUAUAGCCGUACCAAUUCUCACAGCCGUCAACGCUGCGACCGAUAUGUGCCCUCCUCUAGAGAGCGCGGCUAGUGGCGCACUCUUCAUCGUCAGCGAGGUUCAAAAGUUCAAGGAGAAUAAGAAAGAAUGGGAGGGCUUUGGAAAAUAUGUCGUGGACAACGUGGCCGAAGUAGUUGCAGCCAUAAAGUCCUAUGAUCCGUCAACGGAAGAGGCAAAGCUAUGGGUGGAGAGCGCUGAGGAGCUUGAUCGUGCGUUACAGAAGAUCAAGUCCAAAAUCGAACGAAGACGCACAAAAAUAGAGAAACGGUCGGCUUUAAUCAAUGCAUUGUCCCACUUGAGAGAUCCGGGGAGGAUUGAUUCCCUAAAGAAGGAUCUUGACAAAGCAAUCACGUCGUUUCGGCCUGGAACGAAUUUAACGGUUGGAGUGAAAUUGCCGGCCAUUGACGAUGACUCGAUUCUUGGUGGACUCCGAUACCCUGAUGUCGCCCACCAUGACUCAACUCAGGCGUGCCUGGAAGGCACUAGGGUCGGUCUGACGGACCGUAUCAUGGCCUGGUGCCACAACACCAGGGACGGGAAUCGUGUCCUGCUGCUGACUGCUGCAGCCGGUGCUGGCAAGACUUCGAUUGCGCACACGAUUGCGGAACGAUGCGCGAGGGAGCAUUCCCUGUUGUUGAGCUUCUUUUUCAAGGCCAGUGAACAGUCGCGGCCUGAUUGUCUGUUCAGCGGGAUGGCUCGAGCGUUAGCAAACCACGAUCAGGUUUAUCGCUCCUCCAUUAUCUCUGCUCUUCAGGACGACCCCACAGUCUCAACAGCACCGUUUGCGAUGCAAUUCAGGAGAUUGGUGGCUCCACUCCUCCUGCAUAAGCCUCCACUUUCCCGUCGUCCUAUGGUGGUCAUCAUCGAUGCUUUAGAUGAAUGUGACGAAGAAGCAUUUGAGCCUCUUGCCAAUAUUCUUCGGGAAGAAGUGCCUAAAUUACCGUCCUUCAUAAAGUUCUUUAUCACAUCAAGACAAUUCGGUCGUGUCAAUCGCUCCCUCUCAUCCCAUUUCCAUAUCGAUCGUUUUACCAUAGAUCUCUUGGAUGAUGCAAACGUGCAGGACUGCGCGACGUACAUACGUUUCCAACUGCAGACGCUGAAGAAUUGGCAUCCCGAUAUACGGCAUGAACUCGGGGAUGAAGAAAAAGUAGUAGAGGGGAUCUUGGAACGAGCAGGUGGCCUGUUUAUUUGGAUCAGUACCAUUUUUCGCUACAUGAGGAAGGCUGCCAAGGACCCUAUGAGGACGCUGGAGGGACUGCUUGGCACAGGCGCGAAGGGAUCGGCAGUUUCUGCUAAGGGGAUGAUGGAUCGGUUAUAUACAGGUAUCUUGAAGAAGUGUGGCUGGGAGGAUGAAGAUUUUGCGCACGACUAUCCAAUCGUGAUAGGAGCCAUCUUCGUUGCACAACAGCCUCUGUCUGUUGCAGCUUGGGAUGCGAUUUUGUCGCCUUUCUUGAAGUCGUCGGUUCGAUAUACGUUGGCCGAACUUGGCCCUCUCUUCUCAGGGCUUGAAGAUUCUCACAUCCCGAUUCGAGUCCUACACCAAUCCUUCCGCGACUUUAUUCUCGAUCGGAUCGAUCCUCAAUCAAUCAGCCUUCAUUGCAGUCCAGUGGAUGUGAAGCGGGAGAAUGCUAGAAUUGCCCUGCGAUGCACCAGAAUCCUGACUCAGGAUCUCUCCUCUUCAGAAGGCUUAGGACUGAUUGAGGACUUGGACAGAGAAGAUGAACUACCACGCAUUCCUCCAGAGAAGUUAUCCGAGCACUUGCAUUAUGCAUGUCGUUACGUAGUUUAUCACCUCAGUGGAGUCCAGGAAUGGUCGCAGGAGCUCGAUAAAUCGGUUCGCACAUUCCUCAGUCACCAAGCCACUCGCUGGGUUGAAGUCUGCGUGAGAAUGGAAGGCUACAUUAGUAUCUCGAUGCUCCCUGAGUGGCCCAAGUUGGCGGUUGACCAAAGGUCAAAAGAUGCUAUCUACACGCUGGCCAAUGUGCUUUUCCAGCUCCAGUCGAAUCUGGAAUUUUUUUCAAGAUUCAGGGAGGCGUAUGAAGCAGCAAAGGACUCAGUUGUACUCUGCCGUUGCCUUGCUUCGGUGAACUCAGAGUCCUACACCCCGGAAUUGGCCAGCUCGCUCGGCACUUUAUAUUUGGCUCUUUCGGAUCUCGGACGGCCCUCGGAGGCGCUCCCAUUGAUCGAGGAGAGCGUCAAACUCUACCGCCAGCUCGUUGCCGUUCACCCAGGAUCAUACAACGCAGAUUUGGCUUGGUCACUCAACAAUCUAUAUAGCGCUCUUUCGAGACUCGGACGGCACUCGGAGGCGCUCCCAUUCAUCGAGGAAAGCGUCAAACUUCGGCGCAAGCUAGUUGCCGUUCACCAAGGAUCAUACACUCCAAAUUUGGCCUUGUCACUCAAAAAUCUAUUUAACGCUUUUUCGAAUCUUGGACGGCACUCGGAGGCGCUCCCAUUCAUCGAGGAAAGUGUCAAGCUCCAGCGCGAGCUAGUUGCCAUUCAUCCAGGAUUAUACAAUGCAGAUUUGGCUUGGUCGCUCAACAGUCUAUAUGGCGCACUUUCGAAUUUCGGACGGCAUUCGGAGGCGCUCCCAUUCAUCGAGGAAAGUGUCAAACUCCGGCGCGAGCUGGUUGCCGUUCACCCAGGAUCAUACACCCCAAAUUUAGCUUUGUCACUCAACAAUCUAUAUGACGCUCUUUCGAACCUCGGACGUCACUCGGAGGCGCUUCCAUUCAUUGAGGAAAGCGUUAAACUCUACCGUGAGCUAGUUGCCGUCAACCCAGGAUUACACACCUCAAAUUUGGACAUGUCACUCAACAAACUACGCACCGCUCUUUCAAGGUCGAAUAUGAUUCUGGGGCACUAAUUUGGACACCUUCCGAACUUCCGGACCUCCCCAUUUCCAUUUUCGUUGCAUUCUCUCACUACCUGCAUUAUAAUGCUGACAGCCCCGUUCAGUGCUCAGUUUGGGAAUAGUGGGUGGCUGGCGUCGAUUUUUAGUUUGAUGACACGUUUUUGGGUUUUCUUGGCUCGUCCGCUCACAACUGAUCGUGGUUGUAACUUGAUAAUAUCAAGAACACUUAUUUUUACCUGUCACUAUUGUCCACAUUUCUGCACACCCUUGUAUGCAAUGAAGCCGUAUAUACAACUCCAUGCAUGUAGCCAUAUCCUCCUGUCAAGCCAUUGCCAUUGUGUUCGCGUGGAGUGGGAAGUCCAGGUGUUUGCCAGAACCAUUUUUGAC